ACAAGUCACUGAGCGAGUUGCUGACACAGAGACAAGAACGGUGAUAAUGCAGCGCAGAAUUGUAUGAUAUAUAACGGGAGGACUACACAGCAUUAUACGGAUACAUUUGAAGAAUUGUAUGGUAUGUAAAGUUUUAGGUAAGCGAAACCGCUCUUUGGUGCUGCUCAUCACCGGCAUAAGCCAUUUUCACUCGUGACUCUGCUGACGGAGUCAUCAAACAGACCCAUCAAAAGAACUUCUCAGAAAAGCUCCUCAAAAGGACUUUUCCAAAGGAACUCCCUAAAAGCCGCUUCUAAAGGACUCUCCCACGAUGAGUCCUAGGUUGAAAUUCGACCGGCGUUCCUCCCUACCCGUUCUGUACACUCGCGGGACGCAUUAUGAAGUUGGGUUUGACAUCGGUCGAACGUUCCGAGGAAUAAUCGAAGACUAUUUGGCGGCGAGUAAGCACUCCCAUGACUCGCUCCUCAAGCAGUUCGGUGAGGGGGACGGCAAGGCUGCCUAUGACGUCACUUUGGAGAACCUGAAGACGAACUUUCCCCAAUACAUAAGGGAGUUGCAAGGGAUUGCAGACGGCGCUCGGGUGCCAUUCCAGCAUCUGAUGGUGCUGCAUCUGGUCACGAGCCUCAGCCCCGGCCAGCACGAUAUUUUUUCCUCGGCAACCAGGCCUAACCUCGGCUGCACGUCUGUCAGUCUCAACAAAGAUGGAGAGAUCCUGCUGGGCCACACGGAGGACGCGGAGGCCGAAAUGCUGAACCACCUGUACAUCGUUGACGCCGAGAUCAUCGAAGAGGAAGCCCAGGGCCGCUGGGGCUUCAAGAGGGAGCACUUCACGGCCUUGUGCUACGCCGGAGAAGUGCCCGGCUUCUGCAUGGGUUACAACCGCCAUGGGAUUGCCUUCUCCGUCAACGUCCUGCGACCGCGCCACAUUUUUAGCGGGAAGACGCCGCGCCACUUCCUGUGCCGCGCCCUGCUCGCCGCGGACUCCAUGGCAGCGGCCCAGCGGAUCCUCCAGGACGCGGGCGUGGGCGCCGCUGACGGUUUCUCUGCCAACGUGAUCCACCUGGCGAAGGACGGAGGUCGUGCCUUCCACAACUUCGAAGUCGCUCCGCCCAAGGCGGACAGCGCCGAAAGCCAGGUGUCGGUUCACGUGGUGGAGAGAGGGCAGCACUUCAUCCACACGAAUAACUAUCAACACCUCAAGACCGAGGAACACUGUGAGGCCCUUGUGGUAACCAGCAGCCGCCGCCGCCGCGCCCGGGCCGAGGUCCUCCCGCCGCCGACGUCCCGCGAACUCCUCGUCGCCCUGUUAUCCGACGACGAAGACCCCGUCCAUCCCAUCUUCAGGACCCAAGACCCGGACUUCAUCACGACGGCGCUCGGCCUGUUCGACGUAGUGAAGCGGGAGUGGACCUUCUGGAUGCAGAAUCCGAAGACCGCUGCGCCUCUCUUUUCUCUGCCGAUGACCUUCCAAUGGGACGAGUAAAGGGACGUCGGCAGCAGCGUGGUCCUCAUUCAGAAAUGAUGUAGGGCUUGCUGAAGGUAGCGACUUCUUCGUCGUUGAAGAUUUAGAGGUGUUGUGUCGAUAGAUUAUAUCGGUUGAUUUUGAUUCAGUGUUUAUCUAUGGCUAAAAUUGUUCGUGGGAAUGACCAUCUUUGUCUUACUCUUUGCUAGGAAUUAUUGUUUAUGGAUGUCUGAGAUAAGAAUACCUGAAUAUAGUAUUAGAUGUGAUAUACCUUGAAUAUAGUAUUAAAUUACCUUUAAUAUAGUAUUAGACUUGAUAUAGCAAUGUGCAUUUUUGAAGUAGUUAUAACACAUAAAUAAUUCAUUGUAAUUAUUCCUCAUUCUUUUAUCUUCGUGUAUAUAUAAAACGCAGGGAUUUUACAACCAAGCUAAAGCUACAUGUUCUAGAAUACCUGAAUAAAUAUUGGACUUACUGAA